UCUUUCUUCCAGUCCGGUCAUGGCAGCGUUACUCCGGUCUGCGCGGAUACUAAUCCGCUCAUCUGCUGUUUUGUUGCGUGUCCCUCAGGCAGGAGCCCGGGCUUGUCAUCAUCCGAAAGUCGCUUCCUUCGAGAAGAGGUACUUGACAAAUGUGGGCACCCGUCUGUUCUCCAUUGCAACUCAGCAGACAGGGCUGUCAAAGGAAGAGUCCAGCACCGCAGUCCGUUCACGGCAAGCCCAGCAGUUUGACUGGGCACUCAACAAACUGGACAGCUCAGUUCGAAGGACUGGCCGAAUCACCAAGACACUACUGCUGAAGAUCUUUCAUGACAUUUGCCGCACAGGGUACCCUAGUGGAAAUCAGGCACUUCUGUUGCUCCGUAGCUGCGGUUCACUUUUGCCCGAGAUUCCACUGGCUGAACGGACUGAACUGGCCCACCGCAUCUGGGACAAGCUACAGUCACUAGGUGCAGUGUAUGAUGUUAGCCACUACAAUGCCCUGCUCAAGGUCUACCUGCAAAAUGAGCACAAGUUCCUGCCAACUGAGUUCCUCUCAAAGAUGGAGGCUGCAAGCAUCGUUCCCAACAGAGUAACAUACCAAAGGUUAAUUUCUGCAUACUGCAAUGAAGGCGACAUUGAAGGUGCCAGUAAAAUCUUGGGCUUCAUGAAAAGUAAUAAUCUCCCUAUAACGGAAGCAGUCUUCAGUGCCUUGGUAACAGGGCAUUCCAGAGCCAGUGACAUGGAGAAUGCAGAAAACAUCCUGUCUGUCAUGAAAACUGCAGGAAUUGAACCAGGGCCUGAUACUUACUUGGCAUUGCUCAAAGCCUAUGCUGAAAAAGGGGAUAUUGAGCAUAUCAAGCAGACACUUGAGACAAUUGAGAAGACCAACGUUAGUCUCAUAGAUAGAGACUUGCUGCAGGUUAUUUUCAGUCUUUCUAAAUCUGGUCAUGAAAAGCUUGUACCAGACAUUCUGGAACGUAUGAGGCAUGACCGUGGUUAUAUCCCUGAUGCAAUGAACCUAUGUCUCACCCUUGUCACUAGAGGACUAGAGGACACGGCAUUUGAAGUGCUGAAGAUGUUUCCAUUGAAUCAUUCUGAAGGUCAGAAUGGAGAUGCUACGGUCCUUGGCAACUUUUUUCUGCGUCACUGUGUGAAUAUGGACAAGUCAAUUGACAGACUUAAAAUGUACUGCCGAAAACUCCAGGAAAGUGGUCUCCAUACCUCUGCCCUACAGUUCACACUCUACUGUGCUUUGGAUGCUAAAAAAACUGGCAUGGCUGUGGAGCUGAUGAAGGAGAUGAAAAUGGAUGGGCUUCCAGUGAGGCAGCAUUACUUCUGGCCUCUACUAAUCCAUCACCAGAAACAUCAGAAUGUACAAGGUACUUCGGAAGUACUAAGAGCCAUGCAGGAGUUGGGACUAGAGACAGACGUCGACACAUACUCUAAUUACGUCCUGUCUUCUUUUGAUAGCCUGGAUUCCGCCCGUGCUGUCCUUAAGGAGUCGGGCUGUUCUCUGGACUCUCCUGAGUUUGCUGCCGCGGAACUGAGAAUAGAAGCGUCGCGUGGAAACCUGGAGAAUGUCCUUUCAUUGCUGUCCUCACCUGUCAUGCCUGCAGUUGAACUAGGAAUCUUCAGGGGAGGCCUCAUUUCAGGAUUCAGAAGGAGUAAAGAUGUCAGUACCAUGUCAAAGAUCACAGAGCUUCUCUACAGAGAUGGACGGUAUUGUCAGGCGCCUUCAAGACCCACUGACUUGGUGGGCUUCUUUCUUUAUAACCUGAUUGACAGCAUGAGUGAUUCAGAGGUGCAGGCCAAGGAGGAGGUGCUCCGCCAGUAUUUCCAUCAGCUCAAGGAGAUGGACAUUGUAAUUCCAGCGAAUACCUACAGGGGCAUUCGGAAUUUGCUAGAUUCUUACCACGUUCCAGAGCUAAUCAAGGAUGUCCUGGUUUUGGUGGAUCAGGAGAGCCUAAAAUCCAGCGACUUACAAAAGAGUCCAGAUUCCAAGGUGUCUGAGCUGGAAAGUAAACUGAGGGACCUGAAGGCGGAGGGUAGGCCUGUCCGGGAUGUGUUGAAGCAGCUCAUUCUGGCCCUGUGUGCUGAGGAGAAUUUGCAGAAGGCUCUCGAAGUAAAGGAAACCUAUGAGGCUGAUAUGGCUGUAGGAGGCUAUGCAGCUCUCAUCAACCAGUGCUGUCGGCAUGGCAAGGCGGAAGAGGCCCUUAGCCUGAAGCAGGAACUCAACAGGAAGGACUCCUCAGCCACUCUGGAUAUCAACAAAUACCUUUCACUGGUAAAGGUUUUUUCGAAGGAUGGCCGGCUUCAGGACGCUGUUGAUAUUUUAAAAGAAAUAAAGGAAAAGAAUGUCGAACUGAGAGACAGCUCCAGCUCUUCCUUUUUCCACAUCCUCAAUGCCUCUGCCAUGCGGGGCGAAGAAGAGGCCGUUAAAAGACUACAGGAUGAAAUCUUCACGUUGGACCUGGCUAAGCCAUCUGCUAACCUGUGCUCGCCAUUGGUGACUGUUUAUCUGGAGAGAGGGGACCUUUCUGGUGCCUUAGAUGCUACCAUAGAUUGUCAAAAGAAGUACAAUCAGCUUCCUCGAUUACAUGACAUCUUGUGCAAGCUAGUAGAGAAUGGAGAGACUGAGCUUUUGCAGAAAGCAAUGGACUACAUCAGCCAAGAGCGAGGCGAGAUGACGAUGCUCUAUGAUAUCUUCUUUGCUUUCCUGCAAACGAAAAAAUACAAGGAAGCACGCAGAAUCAUUGAGACUCCCGGCCUUAGGGCUCGUUCGGGAAGAUUGCAGUGGUUUGCAGAGAAAUGCAUCACAGCCAAUCAGGUGGACACCCUGGAACAGCUGGUGGAGAUGACACAGAAGCUGUUUGAGAGCGACCGUGAUGAAAUGUAUUACUACCUAUUGCGUUCAUACCAGGAGAAUGGUGACUGGAAGAAAGCUGAAAUUGCAUGGACAAAGAUGCAGGAAGAGAACAUUAUUCCCCGUGACCGAACCCUGAGGCUGCUGGCAGAAAUCUUGGAAAGUGGAGGCCAAGAGGUGCCUUUUUCUAUACCUGAGACCUGGUAUGAAGAGGCCAAUGUAUCUGACGAUGUUGUAUCAACCACAAAAGAAGACAAACUGCGCUCCCCCCAAAUAGCCGUUUCAGCAGAAUCUCACCUGGACUUCCAACGCCGUGUGAUCUCUCUGUGUAAGAGGAAAAAGACAGCAGAUGCCUACACUGUACUAUUAGAGGCAGAAGACAAAGGUAUCACUCUUAGCUCUGCUGCGUACAACAUCCUCCUGAAGUCUCUUCUGGCAGAGAGCAAUCUGGAAAACGCUACGAAGGUUAAAGACAUUGCCUGUACCCGAAUCAAAGGCUUUACGCUGAGUGACGCCGCCAACAGCCUUCUGCUCAUCACACAGGGGAGGCGGGGCCACCUGAAAGAUGCCGUCAACACCUUGAAGUCGAUUCUACAAGCUGAGCGGGUGCCCACACAGAUGGCUAUCACCCGGCUGGUGCAGGGCCUUGGAAAGGCUGGUGAUGUUGAAGGCAUCCAGGAGGUGGAGGGCCUGAUGGAGAAACUGGCACAGCAUGUUAAAGUGUCACGUAUGCUGUAUAUCAACAACACUGCGCUGGCACACAUCUACAACCAAAACACCGACCAGGCAGUGGAAUACUUGGAGUCUCUGUUCACCCCGGCGGGCGACGGCACAAAGUCGCUCCUGCCCCUUUCUAGCAUAUCGUUUGUGUUCAGGCGGGUCCUCGAAGAGAAGCUGGACUCCACUUUGGACAAGUUGAGCGUGAUGGCCGAGCGGCUGGCACAGCACUUCUCCUUCUACAGACCGGUGACUGACCUCUUCCUGCAGCUUCUGGAUGUCGGCCGGGUGGAUGACGCACGCCUUCUGCUUCAGAGGUGUGCUGGUAUUGCAGAACAGAGAGACGUCCUGGUGUCUUACAUCACAAAGGUAGCGAGGAAUACUGGGAAGGCUGAGAAGAUCACCACUCUCCUUGAUGUUGUACCCGACUUUAUGGACAGAGAAGUGGCCUAUGCCUACCUCAUGAAGUGUUACUCUUUGAACAACGACUGCAGUUCAGCGAAGGAGCUCUAUGAGAAAAUGUUAAAGGAGAACGUGAAGGUAGACGAGCUGUGCCUGAAGAGACUGGCGGUCCUGCUGCGUAACGCGGGGGAGCCGUUGCCCUUCACAGAGCCACCGGAGAGCUUCAAGUAUUAUGCGGACAAACUGAGGCAGGAGCACCAAGAACCCUCCUCCUCCUCCUCCUCUGAAGAGGACUAACCCGAUUCACCCUCUUUUUUUUUUUUUUUUAUAAGAACGAAAAGGUUGUAUUUGGAAAAUUGUGCGUCUUUUUGUUUUGCUGGGAAGUCACUGUACAGAAAUAUUUAUCCUGUCGAAUAAAUCUGCGUUGUUCAGGCCACCUCGGUGGUAAACCCAAA